ACAGGUUGGAAUGCUUUGACAAAGUUGUGUUUUUGUUAUCAUGCACAAAAUUGCAAUUUCUGCAAAACACCGAUCUUUGGGCUUGUCUCCUCAAGCAUAUUCGUACAAAUGAUUUGUAAGUAAUUUUAGGCCAGUGAUUUUUAGAUGGCUCGAAUACAGAAGACAGACUUUAUUUUGUAUGAUCCAGUUGCAAAUGCACACAUGUUAAAUACAAUUGUGCAUAAGUAUUGUUUAAUUAAAAUGAAUGAGGUUUGGAUUAUGUGCUUCUGAAGAGUUAAAUGGAUUCUUGCUCUCCGAAUACAUGGCCCAAGCUGAGAAAUAUUUUAAAAAAAUUGAAGUUCUGGGGCAAAAACCAAUCCCACGAGUAGUUUACAUUUCGUCCGAUAAUACAUCUGUGAUUAAUGAAGCAAGAUCUUUAUAUCCCACCUGGAAAGUGCUUGGAUUUCACUCCUCCCUCUCAGAGUCAUUUAGCAAAAGGAAGUUUGGCCUUUCCGAAAUUGCCAGAGACAUUUUACUCCUUACUGAAUGUGAAUACGUUGUAUGUGGCUUAUCUUCAAAUCUUUGCCGACUAAUAUUCGAGACGCAAACGUACAAAAAAUUCAAUCAGGAUCCACCCCACCUCAUGUCGUUGGACGGACAAUAUGAAUACGCACUACAUGGCCAUCGCAUACCUCGAGAUUUUAGGACUCUUGGGAAAAUUGGCGACCAUGAAACAGCUUUAUUUUGUGGUUUCCCUUAGUACUACAUAUAGAAUUAUGGUCAUAGGUAUACACUACCAUUGUAAAUUGAAGUUAAGGAAAUACAAAUUGUACAAAACAUAUAACAGAUUAAGUACUUAUGAUUAAUUAUUAAUAGUGUACAAACCUACUAAAAAACUCAUUUACUCGCUUAAGCUCCUUGUAGUUUUAUACAUUGGCGCAUAGUU